AUGGAAGAAGGGUAUGAGCAACUUGCACUUGGGAGAAGGUUGUUGUUGCUAGUGUCCAGGCUACAGAUUCGUCGUUUCCAGGCCGUUUGGGGAAGAGGGUACAAAGAAUACAGGCUGGGGGACUACUCAAACUGGCUGCAGAAGAGAGUGACAAAGACCAGCAACUGGAACAAAAUCAAAAGUCGCCUUCCGGACACCAAAGUAUGCAACAAACUUGCUUAUGAUUCGGUCGGCCAAGUUGCAGAGGAGUUCUACCAAAAUAAAUUAUCCCCAAUUCAGUCCGGCUGCUGCAAGCCUCCAAGCUCUUGCAGCUUUGUGUAUGUGAACGCCACUUAUUGGACUUCCACAGCAGGCAAUUUUACAGACAUGGAGUGUAACAAAUGGAGUAAUGAUGAGGAUGAAGUGUGCUAUAACUGUGAUUCGUGCAAGGCAGGUGUUCUGGCAAACGUGAAGCACCACUUGCGUGUGUUGGCUGUUAUCAAUAUUAUGAUGCUCAUUCUUAUGCUUCUGGAUUUUUCUGUUGCAUCAUGGGCAGACAAUUAUUACAGCGAGAAGUUUCUUGAAUGGACUACUCAAACUGGCUGCAGAAGAGAGUGGAGAAGAGCAGCAACUGGAACAAAAUCAAAAUCUGCCUUCAGAACACCAAAGUAUGCAAGAAACUUGCUAAUCGCAGAGCAGUUCUACGAAAAUAAGUUAUCCCCAAUUCAGAUCUAUCAGUUAAAUGGAGCUAUGUGA